GAUUCCGGAUGUGCCUCCCUGCUGUUCGAAAGGGUUUUAUUUUUCUUUUCAUUGCAGUGACACAAAUGCCUCCUCAGGUCAGCCAUCUGUAUGCAUUUGUGUUUUAAAUUAAAAUGAUCAGGCAUUUCUAAGUGUUGAAAUUAGCUAUCUCAUACUUUAUUUUCCUGGUUAUUUAUCCAGUCAACUAGGUAGCUACCCGUCUGUCUAUCUUGCUGCAAGCAUCUAGGAUGUUGAGAUGGAGAAGGAGCAUCAAGAGAUUGAGCAGCCAAAGGCGAUGAAGUGCUGUGACCUGCCGUCACACUGCGACGCUAACCAGACAGGAUCCGUUGAGGUUCCCAUCACCAUUUCUCAAGAUAACCCUGAUGCGGACGAGCAGGACUGUGGUAUAGAAGAUCCAUUUCCCUGCAAAGGAGACGAUGCUGCCAUUACCUCCACAAAUGGACCCUCGGAGCCUCAAGGGGGAGAAGGAGAGGGGGCGCCGGCGUCGGCUCUCAGCGACGGGACGGCGGGGGAAGUGGAUGAGCUGAGCAAACCGGAAGGCGGCGGCGCUGCCGACGAAGACGAUCCCCCCGAGAACAUCUCGGACUCGGCCUCAACUGACAACACCCUGGAGGACUCGAACGAGUUCAUGGUGACUGUGCUGGCCAGGGGAGGCCUGGAGGACCAGGCCGACGGGACGCCCUCGGCGCUGUCGGAGGCGGGCGGCCCGGCGCAGGGCCCCGCCCCCUCCCACCGGGACGAGGACGUGACGGCGGAGAGCUGGCGCCGGCACCGGAAGCACGUCUUCGUGCUGAGCGAGGCCGGCAAGCCCAUCUACUCCCGCUACGGCAAUGAGGAGGCGCUGUCCUCCACCAUGGGCGUCAUGAUGGCCCUGGUGUCCUUCGUUCAGAGUGGGGACAACACCAUCCGCUCCAUCUACUCAGAUGAGCACACCGUGGUGUUUGUGCAGCAGGGCCCCCUGGUGCUGGUGUCGGUGUCCUGUAGCCGGCAGUCAGAGCAGCAGCUGCGCAGCGAGCUGCUCUACGUCUACCGCCAGAUCGUCAGCAUGCUCACCCAGGCCAGCAUCACCCGCAUCUUCGAGCGCAAGAAGAACUACGACCUGCGGCGGCUGCUGGCGGGCUCUGAGAAGAUCCUGGACGGCCUGCUCAACCUGGUGGACUCGGACCCCAGCUUCCUGCUCUCGGCCGUCCAUUGCCUGCCCCUGGCCUCCUCCCUCAGAGACUCCCUCAGCCAGAUCCUGCAGAAGGCCAUCACGCCCAACCUGGUCUUCUCAAUCCUCAUCGCCAAGAACCAGCUGCUCACCAUCGUCCAGGAGAAGACGGUGAUCGAGGACGCCCGGCUGGAGCCAGCCGACCUGCACCUCCUCCUCAACCUCAUCGGCGCCUCCUCCGCCUUCCAGGCCGGCGAGAUCUGGACCCCCAUCUGCCUGCCGCUCUUCAACCCGGACUGUUACUUCUAUGCCUACAUCUCCUACCUGGACCCGCCGGAGUGCACAGUCUGUUUGCUCCUGCUCUCCACGGACAAGGAGGCCUUCUACGCAGUGGCAGAGUGCAAGCGCAAGAUCGACGAGGGCAUGCGGACUCAGAACGCCCUGCGCUCCAUCGCCAGGGCCCAGUCGUACAGCGCCAGCCAGGUGGGCGUCUCCGACCUGAGGCACUUCAUGUACAAGCCCUUCGACGUGCCGGACAACCACCGACAGCUCACCCAGUUCACCAGCCCGGAGAUGGAGGCCCCGUACAGCAGCGAGGAGGAGAGGAUGAGGCUGCUGGACCUCUACCGCUACCUGCACAGCCGCAUCCACAGCUCCUCGCGGCCCCUCAAACUCAUCUACCACGUGGCUGAGAGGGAGACGCUGCUGGCCUGGGUCACCAGUAAAUUUGAGCUGUACACGUGCUUCAGCCCCCUUGUGACGAAGGCCUCCGCCAUUAAUGCUAUAACCAAGUUGUUACGGUGGAUUAAGAAGGAGGAGGACCGCCUCUUCAUCCGGAAUCCUCCGAAGUACUCCACCACCCCCAACCCCAGCAAGAGCUCCCGGGGGAGCAAGGGCGGCUCUGACAGACAGGACACCACCGAUAACGGCUUCCUGUCCCUCCUAUAGCACCUCUGCUUUCUGACCCCCCCCCCCCUCAACACACACUCACCAGCCACUGUCACAGGCCAAAACCCUGCAGUGUUGGGUUUGAUUUCAUUAGCCGACGAGUAGUCUUUUUCACCACAUGAUGUUUAAAGUAUUGACACAAGGUACCUCCCUUUCAUCAGUGGGAAUUCGCGUCACACGCUUCCAUCUGUUGGGGAAAUCAUGGCAUGGGCUGGGGCUGUACAUGUGCUACCUGCUGGGUGGAAGGAAGAUUCCAUUGAGUGUGUAAGGUAGAAUUGUCGAGGAAUGGCUUCUGACUUCUGGAAAUGUUGAAUAUGACAAGUGUUCAGGUUUGUUUUGAUAUGAUUUUAUUAAAUUGCACUACCGUUCACGUGUGGUUUCACUUUCAGCAACCUGGUGAAUCCAUGGAAUACCAUAGAAUUCUUAUAAAUGCUUUAAGAAUCUUGCUAAGAAUAUUAUGUACCAUAUCAAUGUCAGAAAAGGAACAUUUUUAUGGGAACACCCAUGUCUUAUUUUUGAUUGCGAAGAUACGCUAAAUAUGUUUUUCUAGACAUAUCUACACUAGAAACCAUUGCUCAUGACUUGCAACCACGUGUUGAUGUAGGAUCUCUAAUUUGGUGUUUCUUUUCGUAAGCAGAGAUUUGUAUAAAUUUACAGUUCACAUUUUCAGUGUUCUGAGAAAAUGUGUGGUGUACAUAUGUGGUGCUUAUUUUUUUUUAAUUGGUGAUAGUAGGGAAGUCAUUACCAAACCCACAUUUUGAUUGUCACGUCUCGACUAAACUGGAAUUCAAAUUUUCUAAUACUAAAAUGUCAGUCUACUUCAUGUAUCAAAUCUUGUCUUAAAUUUCCUCCUUCUGCAGUGCAGAAAAUUUCAGUCUUCAAUUUGUAAUACUGUUGGGGGGUAUGUUUAUACCUACAGUUGAAAUACCUAUGUGUGUGUGAUACAUUGGUCUCAUUCUCAUCUCGGAGUAAGCUGCUUUCAAAACCACCCUGACAGUGAAUCAGACCUCAGCAUCCUGCCUCGCGUAACUUAAAAAGAAACACUUUUAUGUUGUAGGAAACAAUGUGUGUUUUUGGUUUUGUUUUUUGCUCAUGGAGUUCUGUGGGGUGUUAUGUUGAGUAUGCAUCAUUCUUGCUGCAACCAAGAGGAAAUGUCAUGUUAAAUUAAUAAUGGAUUGACAGUUGCACCUGUGAAUUGGGUAAAACUUGUGUUGAACAAAUUCAGUUUGAGAAAAUUCAUGUUACAAGAGCCGUGUGCUGGUUUUAAGGAGUAGCUGUACUCUUUCAGUGCUUUGCCAUGCGUUUGCAGGCCAUUCCCUGAGUAGAUGCUGUACGUUUUUUAGGUGAUUUUCCCAAAUUAUUCUGGCUUCUUUUCAACCUCUCUGAAUAACCUGAGACCCAAAUGUCACUUUUCACUUGUGUUCAGACUAGGACAAUCCAGGGAGUAGCCUGCUUGAAACUUUUUAAGACUUCAUGGUGAAUGUGUGGAGAAUGACUACUGAAAUAAAUCUCCCGUGUUCC